CAACUGUCAAAUUCACAUCUUUUUUCUAAAAUCCGCGAGAAGAGCGCACCUCUCUAUUUAAACACCUUGGUCAUCGCGGCCGGCGGCGACGAAUUCGAAACCCCAAAACGCCGUUCCUCGUGGUAAUUUGCUUGUUCAGCAAGUUGGUUUUGAUGAUUCAAUUGUUUUAUAAACUAAAGAAAAUCGGAAUUGCAAGUGACGGAAUGAUUGAGGCACUGUUUUAAAACUCUUUCGAUUGUGCUGGUAGUGUUGGUGACGAAAAACGCGGGAGAAUUUGUUCAUUACAAGUAACACUUGACAACCGGCUUUCCAGCGAAAUUUCAUCUUCGUCGCGGACCAGCCCGGAACUUCUGCAAUGAAUCCCAUCGCAUUAUAUUUUAAUUCUCUGGGAUGGCGCGGCAAAUCGCUCCUCAUCGUUGGUGGACUAGGGAUUCUGUCGGAAGUAGGGUACGAGCUGUUUUUAGGUAUCCGCAGCGCCAUCAGGAACCGGAAAGCUAGACGUGAAAUCGCCGAGGUGUACUUUAUGAAUCGUCGUACGCUGGCAAUCGCAUCGGCCAAGCCAGAAACCGUGCUCACGGAACACAUUGAACGGUUGGUAAGCAUGAUCGAUCGGGCCAAACACUCGAUUAGUGUUGCGAUUUACACGUUCACUACGGAACAAUUGCGAGAUGCUCUUAUACGCGCAUACCGGCGUGGAGUAAUCGUGCGGGUGAUAACCUGCAACAGCAUGGUGUAUAACGCAAGCACAAAGCUUCCGGAACUGUUGAAUGAAGGCAUUAUUGUGCGGUACAAAAAAGAAACAACAAAUUUAAUGCACCACAAGUUCUGCGUACUGGACGGCGAGUGGCUGUGUGCCGAAUGUCUCGUAAAGGAACACAUCAAAGCUAUAGGAAAACCGCUAAAAGAGAUGGAAUAUUCUCUCUUUGAUAAAGCGAUUCAGUCGGAUCUAGCCGGGCUUAGAAGGAUGUUCGGGGUUUCCUGUGGCCGAUGUGACGCAAGAAAGCGGGCUACAGCGAAGGAUCACAAUGAAAGUGGUGUAGAUCCGCUUCCACCUGGGGGUCUGUUGAUUGCUGGUUCCAGUAACUGGACGUUGGCCGGUUUGAGCACAAACUGGGAAAGCCAAUUUUACAUGUCCCAUCCUGUUCUGGUGUCCGCAUAUUCUCUCGAGUUUCAAAGGCUUUGGUAUGAGCUGGACGAUGACCUUCAGUACAGCCAGGCUACGCUUGAAAAUGGAAUCAAGCAUAUUUACGCCGAUAAUCUUUGAAUAAGUAUUAUUACAACAAAGCGGCUAACAUAAGGCUGUGGAAACUGAAUUAAUAAAAAAAAACAACUAAAG